AGGAUUUCCCUUCAAGCUCACCCACUCAUCCGCUGCUGGUGCUGCUGCUGAAGAAAAACAUCGGUCUGUGCCACCAACACACACCACCCGUUAGGGCAGCAUUACCUUCCAAAACUCCACCAGCCAUCCAAAUGGCGUUGCGCGUCUCCGUUUCCUCACCUCACGGGCCGGCAGCCUCCUCGCCGGCCAUCUCCUCAUGCCGCCCCGCUGCCUGCGGUCGCUUCCUGGCCUGCGCCACAGCUUCUCAGAAGAGGAGCCUGAUGGUGAUGUCCGGCUCUGACGGGAGGGGAGGAGUGACCCCGGUGAAGUCAGGCAGCUUGGAAACAGCCACGGGUGAGGAGGUGGAAACGGCCACGACGGGAGCUGAUGCGGUGGCCGUGACCGGACAGGUCACCGAGGUGUGCAAGGACACUUUCUGGCCAAUUGUCAAGGCAGCACCACCCAAGCUCGUCGUCCUCGACAUGUACACCCAAUGGUGCGGCCCUUGCAAAAUUAUGGCACCAAAAUUCCAGGAAAUGUCUGAGAAGGACCAUGAUGUUCUGUUCCUCAAGCUCGAUUGCAAUCAAGACAACAGGCCUCUUGCGAAGGAGCUUGGCAUAAGGGUUGUUCCAACAUUCAAGAUUUUCAAGGAUGGAAAGGUGGCCAAGGAGGUCACUGGUGCCAAAAUUGAUGAAUUAGCCCGUGCGAUUGAGGAAGUGAAGUCAAGCUGAGCAACACCCUGAAAAAAUGCAGCAAUUAGCAAGCUAUCACUAGUGUACACUAUGGGAUGAAUGAUCUUUUGUGGAAGUGGACAACCACCAUGGAGAAAAACAGUUGUUAUAGUUCUUCUGCUUAUGAUGAUUUACCAGUCGUUCUUGACUAUAUACACCCAUCCAAGAGGACUGGAUAAUGUAAAUAACCAUUUCAAUCUUCAUGAGAAUAUUGUUGCUUUCCAAUCCA